GAAAUGUUCUUGUUUUAAUGUUUUAUAUAACUAAAACAAGAAAGAUUCUCCUUAAGUUUACAUCUCAUUGUUACAUAUUUGUUUCUCGUUUUAAGUUUUGUGUCUUAAAAACAACAGAAAUGUUCAUCUCAACUAGUUUUAUUUCUUUAGCAGGACAAGAAAAAACCCAAAUCAAAACAUCAGAAGACUUUCAGGACAUCAGGAGAAGAAAAGUUGAAAAAAAUAACCUGAAAGUUUUUCCUGUUUAUAGGAAAAAAUGAUGAAGAGGAUCAGAACUGAAGCUUCAGACAAACAACAAACAGACACUCCUUCAUGCAAAUCAGGACUUUAUGCAAAGCACACACACACACACCCUCUCUCUCACACACACAGAGCCACAUGAGGCGGCCCCAGAGCAGCAGCAGCAGGUCUCUGCCUGAUCUCCUGUGGAUUUUGCAGCUUCAGCUUCAUUUCCAGUUUUUUCUGCGGAUCAAAGAUCGAACCCCUGCUGAACGCUGAUUGGCUGAGAUGACCAACCAGGUGAUGAACACCUGUGACUCGGCGGUGGGCGGAGCUCCCCGAGAGGAAGCUGCUUCUCUACAGGUGUUUCCGGACUCUACUGAGCGCGCUCCUAAGCUCUGCCGGCGGCUGCCCUCCAUCGUGGUGGAGCCCAGCGACGCAGACCAGGUGGAGAGUGGCGAGCUCCGCUGGCCUCCCGAUGAUGUCACACAGCGCCACCAGCAGGCGGCAGGUGAGGUCGCGACCCGUCACUUUGCCCCUUGCCCUGACCUCAGUGACGUCAGCAGGUGGUUUCUGCCCAGGGCGACCCAUGGAGGGGGCGGAGCCUCCGGAGCUGGUAAUGGGCGGAGUCUGACGGCUCCAGUUUUACCCAGGUGAAGAGGCGGAGCUAACACACCUGAGAUGAUUGGAAGGCUGACCUCUGACCUCUGAGGACUCAUGAUAAAAAACAACCUUUUGAUGUAUUCGUUUUAUUUUUAUUGGUAUUUUUGGAAGAAACAUCUGAUUUAUUCUAACUCGUAUUUUUCACAGAUCAAUAAAUAGUUUGAUGAACUCUGGGCUUUUAUUUUGAAAUACCAAAACAAAGCCUUAAUUGUUCCACAAAAUGUUGGAGCUGCAGUUAUUCUUGUUCUGUAAGAAUAUUAUGAGUUAUUUAUUGGUUUUCUGGCUUUUCUUCCUUUUUUCAGAUCCAACAGAUUCUGAAUAUAAAAUUAGUUUUCCUCUGGUUCAUUUUAAAUAAGUUUAUUUUGUUUUUUCUGUACGUUUCCUGGUUUCCGUCCUCAGUCUAAUCAGCUGCUGGUUCUGUUUCCCAGAGAUCUUCUACUGAGCUGCGACCCAAAAUUGUUUCAGCUGAAUUCAGGCCUGAUUAAAAAAACAUUGUUUUUGUUUUUUAACUGUUUUUAAAUCCUCCCAACAGGGGGCGACAUUUUCUGCAUGGGGGCGGCUUUAGGUUUUAUUUUUUAUUAAUGUUUGAUUCAGAAAUUUUCUAGAAAAAACUUGGAAAUUUCUGAGUAUGGAAAGUAAAAGAUUUUGUGUUUUAAACCUCCAAUUUUUUUCCACGUAAUUUUCUGAGAUUGAUCUAAAAAUUUCAUUUUUUUUUUUUUUUCUAGCAAACUUUAAACUUUUGAAACUCCAAGUUGAACAUAUGUGACUUUUGGAACUCAAAAAUUUUCUUUAUUCAAAGAAAUUAAUUUCAAAAUGUGAGUUUUUUUGGUGGAAAUUUACAGUUGUAUAUUUCUCUUCCUAUUCUUGAAUUUUUAAAAAAUGUUUUCAUCUCACAUCAGGUUUUUAAUGAUCUCGUGUUUUUCGGAUCUUUUCUUGGUGUUUUUGGUUCCUGGUUUUGUUCUCCUGUUUUCGACGCCGUCGGCGUUCUGGAAUAAAAACCGUCUCCCUGCAGUUCACCA